CCACAAGCUCACGGAACACAACUUGCACCAUUUGGACGCCCACCACCAGCCAGCUCCAAUCAACGGCUUGGGGUUGUUAAGCGCCACCAUCGCCAGCAUGGCGCGUGACGACAGCGCCAGCGCCACCGGGCCUGUGGCAUCGGAACCCGUGCUGGGGGCCAAGACUGCCUCUUCAUGGACAUCUGGCAGCUCUGCUUCGUCUACCCCCAUGUCUUCUCCAAACAUGUCCAACACCAGUUUGGCAGCCAAAGACGACAAAAGCCCCAAGCGCAGGCAGCGCUUGGGCCCCUCGUGUGACUCGUGCAGGUCGCGCAAGGUCAAGUGUAACGCGGUGAUCAGCAUCGUGGCCAAGGCCUUCGACCCUCACCAACCAGGACAGCACCCGCGCCAGUUCUCGCAGACCCAGAUCGAUCAGUUGGUGCGUGGCGACCCGGUGCGCGAAGAAGGAGACUCGCACGUGAUCGUAUCCAACGGUAAGUUGAUUCGGUUCAAGAGCUGCAAGUCGUGCAACGUCAAGGGGUUGGCAUGCUGCUUCUCCAAGGGCUUCACCAAGGAGGACAUCAUGUUGAACAACAAGAAGUCGUACGGCUCCAGCGGCGGCUACACGUUUGCGCCCAGCUCAGGCUCCAGCGCCAGCUCGGGCUCCAGCUCGCCAGUGCCGGCACUGGUGCAGGCUGCCGCGCUUCCCUUGCAUGACAGCAGCGACGACGCGGCUGCCGCCACCAAGAAAAAGGUCCACAAAGUCACCAAGAAGAAGGAGGAGCUUCCAACGAAGCGCUCCAUCGCCUCGCUCACCUCGGCGUUGUCGAAGACCUUGCAGGAAACCCAUGAGGGCCACACGCGCAAGAGCUCGUGUGUGUCGUGCCGCAAGCGCAAGGUCAAGUGUGUGUUCAAUUUUGAGCUCAACAAGUGCGAGGGGUGCAACAAAAAGAGUACCGAGUGUGUAUUCGAAAAGAGGUAGUUCAAUUCAUUAUUAAUAGUUUGGGUUAGGUAAUACAGU